GCAUCCAUUUUCUAGCUUGGAAGCACUCCUCACCACGAGGCGCUUCCAGUAGUGCCCCCCCACCUGAACAAUCUUUGUCUACCCAUGGACGGCACCAAGGAAGCGCAGCAGAAUGCUGGGGAGUGGCAGGUAACCGUGCCAGAAGGCGCGGAGGAACAAGAUGCUGCCGCCGGUGAUCCGGUCUGCAAGAGGUCGGCAUGGGCGUGGCCGAUGAUCUCUUGCGCGGCCAUGUUCAAAUGCAAGGUGUCUGGCUUCCGCAAGAUGGUCUGGAAGAUCGGUGAAGACGAUCCUCGGAAGACCAUGUACGGGAUCAAGGUGGGCAUCGCUCUCGCUCUGGUCUCCCUCUUCUAUUACGCCAGGCCUCUGUACGACGGCAUUGGCGGCCGGAACGUCGUGUGGGCCAUCAUGACAGUCGUGCUCGUCUUCGAGCAGACCGUUGGUGGUAGCAUGUACAAAGGGGUUAACAGAACAGCCGGAACGAUCAGCGGGACCGCGCUUGCGCUCGGCCUGCACUGGGUGGCCAGCAAAUCCGGCAAAACGCUUGAGCCGAUGGUCACCACCGGCUCCAUCUUUCUGCUCGGCGCAGUGGCGUUCUCGCGAUUCAUACCGUUGGUGAAGUCGAUGUUCGACUACGGCGUGACGGUCUUCAUCAUGACGUACAGCUUCGUGGCCGUGUCCGGGUACCGCGUGGAGGACCUGGCGAUGCUGGCGCUGCAACGGGUAUCCACCAUCUCCAUCGGCUUCUUCAUCUGCUUCGCCGUGUGUGUGCUCAUCCGCCCCGUCUGGUCCGGCCAGGAGCUGCACCUCCUGACGUCCCGCAACAUGGAGAAGCUCGCGGACGCCCUCGAGGGCUGCCUCGAGGACUAUUUCUUCGCCGAUGCCGAUGCCGAUGUCACGAAGCGCGCGCAGGUGGGCAGCAGCAAGUCGGACGGGUACAAGUGCGUGCUCAACUCCAAGGCGUCCGAGGACUCGCAGGCCAACCUUGCGCGUUGGGAGCCCGCGCACGGGAGAUUCGGCUUCAGCCACCCCUACGAGGAGUACGCCAAGGUCGGCGCCGCCAUGCGCCAGUGCGCCUACUGCGUCGAGGCGCUCCACGGCUGCAUGGCGCCCGAGCAGCAGCAACAAGCCCCGGAUCUCCUUGUCGGCGUGUACACCAAGAUGGGCGCGCGGUGCGCGCGGGUGCUCAGGGAGGCGUCGAGCUCCCUGGCCACGAUGACCACCUCCCGGACGCUGGCGCUCGCCGUGGCUGACAUGGACAACGCCGUGCGCGAGCUGAAGAGCGACAUGAGAGCGCUCCCGUCCAAGCUGCUGCUGCUGCUGGCAGAGGAACCGACAGAGGCAUCGUCGAUAGAUGCCAUGGCGCUGCUACCGGUGACGUUGAUGCUCAUAGAGAUUGCCACGAGGAUCAAAGGAGUCGCCGACGCCGUCAGCACGCUCGCGAGCAUCGGGGGAUUUAAACCGGCCGAUGAUGACAAGACAAAAAUUGAGAUGGAAGUGCCGCCUUUGAAAGAACUGGAUUAUUCUGACGCGUCAACGGUGAAUCUAACAACCACGAUCAUCGAACGGCCUCUGAGCAGAGCACGGAAUCCUUCGACUGAUCAACAAGUCUAAAACGUACUGUACACAGCAUAGCCAUAGGACAUGUAUGAGUUUUUCCUUCGAAUGCCAGCAAAGCGCUGGGAACUGUAUUAGACAGAAAACAAUGAGUUAGAAGUAUAGGACCAAUCUAUGCGAAGUAUGCAGCAGGAGGAGCCGAAAAGAAAAGAAAAACGCCGAGCGUAAGUUCUUAUGCUUUCUGCCUCCCUGUCUGUCUGAGACGUCCUUGGCUGGCUCAGACAAAUUAAAAAGUCUCUUUACGCACUAAA